CGUGUCCCUGGCACCUAGAUGAGGCUGGGGGGCGGUAUUGGGGCCUGCGCCUGAGCCUUUUGCACCCCAACUUCGGGAGGUCGGGGUCCCCCACUGUCUUAACUCACACCCCAUGGCUGAGCCCCCUCUCCCGGGCGCACACACGCUCCAGCGCGCGCACACACACCUCGGACAUUCCCAUAGUGCCUCACGUGACACACGGCCGAACGUGCCACCCUUCCCACACGCUCACGCACGCGUGCACACACAGCCUCCCGGGCACUUCCAACUCCGCGCCGACCCUCCUCCGUCCCCAAGGCACUCAUUGACUGUGACACACCUACACUCAUUCACAGACACACUCCCCCCACAUGCCAGCCACUAACACACAUUCAUAAACAGGCCAGGAGAAGUACACACGCACCCCCUCACUGCCUACUCCUUCUUUCGGGAGCCCUGAGUCAUUCCGGCCCCCUCUGAGAGUUCCCCAUUUCCCUGUGUGCGGGCACACGGGGACGGGCAUGGGAAUUCGUUAGCGUCCCCUUCACCUGAGCCCCCUUCCCCAGUUUGCUCCCUUUGACACUCCGCCAAGGACUUCCUGUAGGUCCCAGGUCAGGGCCCAGAAGAGCCUGGACGGUUGCCACAGCCCCGGUGCUCGCCGGUGCUCGUGGGGGAGGCACUUCCCUUUCCUGAACUCCGGGAUCCUGCAGGAGGAAGUGGGGAAGCUGGGCGGGGGCGCCUAGAGGGUGUGCCGACUUUGGCCGCCUGACCCUCCCAGUUGCGCUGGGCCUUCCUUAGGGAGGAGCUGGGGUGCCAGAGGCCUGGGCUGAGGAGCUUGGCAGUGAGGUAUUUGGGGAGGUGAGGCCUGGGGUGGAGAAUAGCUAAGGACGGAGCCCAGGCAGGCUCUGGUCUGUGCCGUGGCUGGGGAGGCAGCCCUCUCCCAUCCACAGGUCUCCCUGGGUUCUGGAAGGAGCCCUUCCCUGCCGCCGGCCUGGCUUACUUGUCCCUACUUGUCAACCCCCAAGUCUUCACCUGGUUCCAGCCCCUUCCCCUAAAGGCAGCAGAGAGGAUGGGGCUUAGUAGUCUGGGAAGGGGCUGUGGGAGAACCCCCCCUGAGCUCCGGGCAUGAAGCUUCCAGGCUGCAUCUCAGCUGGCCAAGGGAGCAUCAGCCUGGAUGAGGGGUGUCAGGGAUAAGCUCCAGAUGGCUCUCUCCACGGUGGCUCCUGCUCUCCCAGGGGGCCCGGUGUGGCCCGCAGCCCGGGCCCUUGCCAUGGAGUCCAUGUUUGAGGACGACAUCAGCAUCUUGACCCAGGAGGCCCUGGGGCCCAGUGAGGUGUGGCUGGAUGGUCCUGAAGACCCCUCACUGGGGGGGGACAUGUGCUCUGCCUCCCACUUUGCCCUCAUCACGGCCUAUGGAGACAUCAAGGAGCGACUGGGGGGCCUGGAGAGGGAGAACGCCACCCUCCGCCGCCGCCUCAAAGUCUAUGAGAUCAAGUACCCGCUGAUCAGUGACUUUGGAGAGGAGCAUGGCUUCUCUCUGUACGAAAUCAAGGAUGGCUCCCUGCUGGAGGUGGAGAAGGUCAGUCUGCAGCAGCAGCUCAACCAGUUCCAGCAUGAGUUGCAGAAGAAUAAGGAGCAGGAAGAACAGCUCGGGGAGAUGAUCCAGGCUUACGAGAAACUCUGUGUGGAGAAGAGUGACUUGGAGACGGAGCUAGGGGAGAUGCGGGCCCUGGUGGAGACCCACCUGCGGCAGAUCUGUGGUUUGGAGCAGCAGCUGCGGCAGCAACAAGGCCUCCGGGACGCGGCCUUCCCCAGCCUGAGCCCCCCGCCAGCCCCUGGCCCGCCCUGUGCUGAUCUGGACCUGCACUACCUGGCAAUGAGAGGGGGAUCUGGCUUGAGUCACGCAGGCUGGCCGGGCCCCACGCCCAGCGUGAGCGAGCUGGAACGGCGGCGGCUCGAGGAGGCUCUGGAGGCUGCCCAGGGAGAGGCUCGGGGGGCUCAGCUCCGGGAGGAGCAGCUGCAGGCGGAGUGCGAGCGGCUGCAGGGGGAGCUGAAGCAGCUGCAGGAGACCCGGGCCCAGGAUCUGGCCUCCAACCAGUCGGAGCGGGACAUGGCGUGGGUGAAAAGAGUUGGGGACGAUCAGGUGAAUUUGGCGCUGGCCUACACGGAGCUGACGGAGGAGCUGGGGCGGCUUCGGGAGUUGAGUUCCCUGCAGGGGAGGAUCUUGAGGACCCUGUUGCAGGAACAGGCCCGGAGUGGUGGCCAGAGGCACUCGCCACUGUCGCAGCGCCACUCCCCGGGCCCCCAGUGCCCUUCCCCCUCCCCGCCUGCCCGGGCGGCGCCCCCGUGUCCCCCAUGCCAGUCCCCCGUCCCGCAGCGCCGCUCUCCCGUGCCCCCGUGCCCCUCGCCCCAGCAGCGCCGCUCGCCGGCCUCGCCCUCCUGCCCGUCGCCCGUCCCGCAGCGCCGCUCGCCGGUGCCGCCGCCGUGCCAGUCCCCCAGUCCUCAGCGCCGCUCCCCGGUGCCCCCCAGCUGCCCGGCCCCGCAGCCGCGGCCGCCACCGCCGCCGCCGCCGGGGGAGAGGACGCUGGCCGAGCGCGCCUACGCCAAGCCGCCCAGCCACCACGUGAAGGCCGGCUUCCAGGGCCGCCGCAGCUACUCGGAGCUGGCGGAGGGCGCGGCCUACGCGGGCGCCUCCCAGCCCUGGCUGCAGGCCGAGGCGGCCACGCUCCCCAAGCCCCGGGCCUACGGCGGCGAGCUCUACGGCCCGGGCAGGCCGCUCAGCCCGCGGCGCGCCUUCGAGGGCAUCCGGCUGCGCUUUGAGAAGCAGCCGUCGGAGGAGGACGAGUGGGCCGUGCCCACCAGCCCGCCCAGCCCCGAGGCGGGCACCAUCCGCUGCGCCUCCUUCUGCGCCGGCUUCCCGAUCCCCGAGUCGCCCGCCGCCACCGCCUACACCCACGCCGAGCACGCGCAGUCCUGGCCGUCCAUCAACCUGCUGAUGGAGACAGUGGGCUCUGACAUCCGCAGCUGCCCCCUCUGCCAGCUGGGUUUCCCUGUUGGGUACCCAGAUGAUGCGCUCAUCAAACACAUUGACUCCCACCUGGAGAACAGCAAGAUCUAGGGCACCUCCCCCACCCACUGGCUGUUUCUCUGCCCUCUCCCAUCACCCCCAAACACUCACUUUGAAUGCUGCAUGAAUCUUGUGGGGGGCCCCUGCCCCUUGCGACCCCCAGAUACCUCCACUAGCUACCGAGUCAACGUGUGUGCCGUCUUCCCUGGUCCAGGCACCACUCAGCUCUGGCUCUUUCUGGGAGGUCAGCUGAGGCUCCCCUCAAUCCUCCUGGCUUCUGUGGGGGCAUGGGGAUGGGGAUCUAGGCUGGGGUGGGGAGGGGUGCACCCCUCCUAGGCUUCUCCCUCUGCCUUUCUGUUCUUAAACAGGGUUGGAUCCAAGAGGAUGUCUAGUGCUCGGGCCUGGGGGAGGGGGAGAGUGUCAGAGGACUCCAGGAACUCCCGAGCCCCUCCCCAAAUGUCCAUCUUUCCUAGGCUGUGCUCUGUCCUGGGAGCACCUCCCUGUGGAGUCCCAGAGCCCGCCCUGCACACUGAUGCCAGUUCCUCCAUCCCAUGGCCAGCUUGGGGCUGGUGGCAUGGGGCCCCACUGAGGGAAGGCGGCAUCUUGUUUCUUUCCAUUCCCUGCAGGCUGGCUCUGUUCUCUCUGCCCUGUGCUGCCCGCUCUGGGGAAUAGAGGGGGUGGGAGAGGAGAGGAAGGAUCCUAAAGAGGCUGCCCUGAGGGCUGGGGGCCCUGCACCAUGACCCUCAGGCCAGGGGACUGUCUGCCACAGGCCCAUGCCCUCCUCCUGGAGCCCUCUGGCACUGAGGCACAGAUUGUCAAGGCAGACCCCCAUCACCCCACUCGAGCCCCUGACACCACAGGUGCCCUGGAGCCCAUGUGCGACUCAGCCUCUGUUAGCUGGGUGGGUAUCAUCAGCCCCUGCCUCCCAGGCCAGAACCUGAGAAUGGGCCCAGGGUGCUGUGGAGAUCAACUUCUAAAGAGCUACCCCCUCCCCACACCCCACCCACCCACAUUUCCUCUGUGAAAUCUACCUCAGAGUUGUACCCUCAGAAGGACGGGUAAGCAGGAGGCCAGGGAGUCCCCAGGGCUGAGGUGGGGAGCCUCCUAGGCGAGAGCCUGCCACCCCACAAUGAAUCCGCCACCUCCACUGCGCCUCCCCCAGGUCUCAGCCCCGGGCAGGGGUGGCGGCUGCUCCUGACAGCGCAUGUUCUGCUCUGAUCCAACUCUUCCAGGCCCCAGCUCCUCACACCACACCCCUCCCCUCCAUAGUGCAGGGGAGUGAAGAGGUGUGUCAGGCAGGGAAGGGGCCACGGACUCCAGAGACACAUGUCAUUGUACCCUGAGUGUCCCCUAGGGAGGGGAAAGGGGGAAGGGGGCCUGGAGAGGGGAGGUGGGGACCCCUGUGCUCUCUGAACAAGUUGAAAGUCCAAAUAAAACUUACCUGUUCCA